AUUUUGAGUCCUGGGAUGUCCUUAACUCUGCCCAUCAUCUUCCGCCCUUUAGAAAAGAAGGAAUAUGAAGACAGAAUCUUCUUUGAAAAACCAGAGGGAGAGUUCUCUGUAAUGCUGCAUGCUAAGUUACCACACCUUGAUCUGCUUUUUCCAGAGAGCAUCCAGAUUCCUGCAUGUGCUGUCUAUGACAGCACAGAGGCCUCCUUUACCCUGUACAAUGAUGGGGAUCUAUUGACAUGUUUUAGCUGGGAGGUGCCAGAGCCUUUCUGCCUUAUUCCUUCCCGUGGCAUCUUGGAUCCAGGCAAAGAGUGUUUAAUGAAGGUGAUAUUUCAACCUAAAAUGGCUCUGGUAUAUGACAUACCAGCAAUAUGUAGUUUUGGAGAUACACCAGAGCAGAAGUCCAUCAAACUGAAAGCGAUCGCUAAAUAUCCCCACCUGCUGGUGAAUGUUCCAGAAGACUCAUGCAAAGAUGCUGGACUUAGAAAAUUCCGGGAUGUACUCUGCUUUGGCAGUGUGGCUGUUGGCACCACUGUGGAAAAACAUGUGGAGAUCUACAAUGUGUCCAUGGUCAGUGCCCCCUUCAGGAUUGAAAGAACAAAAGAGCCAAUGCUUCGUGAUCAUGCAUUUUCCUGCGAUAUUGCACAAGCCACUGUUUCAGCCCAUGGGGCAUCAGUCAUCCCCUUGAAGUUCAGCCCACACACUGUGGGUAUGAACAGUAUGGACUAUUUCACAAUUGUGCCUUUUGGGAACAGCACACAUUCCGUGCUGAAGGUGACAGGAUCAUGUAAAGGUCCUGAGGUUUCUUUUCAGCAUCCCUAUGUCUACUUUAGUUGCAUUAACCUUGGAGAGUACUUAAUUCAGCCUUUAGAGGUCACCAACAACUCUGAAGUUCCAGCCUACUAUCAAUUUGACAUUGACUGCAAACAGAGUGUCUUUUCCUUUGACCGUCCUUGUGGGAUCUUGGAUGGAAUGUCCACUUUGACACUGAAGGUGACCUUCCAGCCCACCCACCCAAUAAUUUGCCACCGGCGAGUCACUUGCCUUGUUCAUCAUCAGGACCCAUUGUUCCUGGAUUUGGUUGGAACCUGCCACACAGAAACAAUGAGCCCAGUAAUUCUGAAAUUGAAGGACCUUACCAUGUACAGGACACACAUGGCCAGAGGACUAACGUUUUUCCCCCCGGACAUCCUAGGGACCAUGCUGAAGGAAGGCAAAUUGUUGGUGGAUGAAAAUGGAGCUCUUACACUCCCUCCAGAGAUUCUUGGGGACAAGCCCCCUGAAGGGUACCCCGUCAUUGAACCCAUGGUUGAAUAUUUCCAUGAUGGUGUAAGCAGUGACUUCACUGUGUUUCCUCCCCAUGUCAGCCUUAGCAUCAAGGAGUUUGAUUUUGGUUGCUGUGCAAACCUUCAAGCAGUUGAACCACUUCCACUCUGUGUGACUAAUCACACAAAGGGAAAAAUUACCGUUACAUGGACAAAGAAACCAGAUAGUCCUUUCCAGGUGAUCCCAGAGAGUUGUGACAUCCCCCCUCUGAAGUCUAUGGCUGUUUGCAUCACCUUCCAGCCUCUUCAUCUCAAUUCCCUGUAUGCAGCAGAACUGGAGGGCUUUGCCUUCUACAAGGUGCUGCGACAGCACAGUAACAUUGAAGAGCCCAUCACAAUGUGCCCUUCCUGGAGCUUGACCAUCCGCUUGCGCGGACACACUUUUCAACCUGGGCGACAGCAUUUCAUCCCACAAUACACCUUGGACUGCCACAAGGUCUUUCCUCCAGUGUGCCAAAACAUUACCACAUACCGCAGCAUGCUGCUUCGCAAUGUGGGCACCACUUCCAUCAGCUUCAAGAUGAGCCGGGAGAAGUGCCCUUCUGUCCUGGUCAAGCCCAGCUGUGGGUGUAUUGCGCCUGGUGCCCAUCAGAUCUUUAUCCUCUCAACCUGCCCAGUGGAAACAUCCAUACAGCUGCACAUAUUGUCCUUGCAUCUCAAUUUCUGGCCCUUGUACACACAGGAGAUUUCUCUUCAGAGCAAUGCUGAACCCCUAGUCCUACUCUUAGAAAAUGAUGGCAGCCUGUAUUUCAAACCUACUUGUGUAGGCACCUCCUCGUCACGCACUUUCACCAUCAAGAACUUAACACGGUUAUCCAUGCUCUUCAGAUGGAAACUUCAGCAGUCAGAUAAAAAGUUCCUGUCUGUCCAGCCUGCUGAAGGGACAAUACUGCCCAAUGAAGCUUUGGCUCAGACUUGGACCUUCACUCCUAGUGAGCAGACCAAAUAUCUUCUGCGGAGUUGGGUGACAGUGUGGCGAAAACAAGAGAAACUUGAAGACAAGACGCCAAAGAGUGUUCGCUAUGUCCUGAGGGUUAUUGGGGAAGGAUCAUUUGGCACCUUAACCGCACAAGAGGAGCAGGUGGAUGUAGGCAAUAUCCUGGUUGGCAGCACACAGUCAUGUCAACUUAUAUUAUUGAACAACGGGGCCUGCUCCUUAAAAUAUGAUCUCAGCGUGGAGCAAAUGAUAACUGGACCAUGUGACCCUGAGGAAGUUGCCAGUGACCCCUUAGCAAUAGAACUUGACCACUACAAAGGGACCAUUUCUUCCCGGGGAAAGAUCUUUUUGCAAGCAACUCUUAGACCAGCCCGCCAAUUGCACUAUACCUGGACAGUUAGUUAUGCUGUUUCCACUCCCAAAGACCCAAAUCCUCUUGGGAAAAAGCAGCCCAUCUGCUGUGUGAUAGCCAAAGGCAUCUACCCAUCCAUCUGCAUUACUGACGCCUGUGGGACAGGCAGUGCCCGUGGCAUCAGCAAGCUGCAUCUCUGGCGGCUUUUUUCUUUGGAGACCUUGAACCAGUACCUGGAACGUGACCCAACGCUGCAGGAGCUCACUUUCAGGGUGCCUACCAGACACAGCACACAGCGAAUCCCCCCAGUUUAUACUCCUGUCAUGCUGGAUUUCAAUUUUGGUGCAGCUCCUGUUGGAAGUGAGCCCUCUGUGGUUGUGCUGAUGCUACAAAACAAUGGGGCAGUGCCUGUGAACUGGGCCUUUCUCUUUCCUUCUGACCAGAAGAUUGACAUGGAAUAUUGGGCAGAAAGUGCUGAGUUUGACCCUAAUGAGCUGCAUCAGAUGCGGAUCCAGGAUAAUCAGCUUUUCACCAUCACUCCCAAGGCAGGAAAGCUUCUUCCAGGGCAAGAACAAAUUUUACAGUUAUCCCACAGACAUGAUUUCACUGGCACUGACCGACUCCCAGUCCUGUUGAAGAUCUCCCAUGGUCGAGAAAUUCUGCUGAAUUUCAUUGGUGUGACCCUGAAUCUGGAGUGCCACUACAUUCACUUCACUUCGACCAAGCAUGUAUUCACACCUAUUGCUAUUGGCACAUAUGACCCUCCUAAACAGAUCUAUGAACUCUACAAUGGAGGUUCUACAAGUGCCAUGUAUGAAAUCCAGGUGGAUGCUCUGACCAAAGUACAGGAAGAGAAUCACCAGCAUUCUGUAUUUAUCUGCCUGAACCCAAGAGGAGAGAUUGGUCCAGGCCUGACAGCCCACACUGAAUGGAUCUUUUCCCCACUGGAAGCCAAAAUGUAUUCGGUGGACGUGCCCAUCCAUAUCCUUGAAGGGGACUCUGCUCUCAUAACCUUUCAAGGGAUAGGCUAUGACCCACAUGUUAUGGGAGAGACGGCACAGUUUGACAAAGUAGUGUCUACUGCAAGAACACCAGGCUCUGCCAAGUUAACAGUUCCUGGUCUGACAGUAUACUUGUCUCAGCCCCGAAUCUGUUUUGGCAACAUCCCUGUCUACAGCAAAUGCAGCCGCCUCUUCUUCCUCAACAACGCCUCUGAGCAUGAGGCCAUUGUUUUUGCUUGGCACACUGGGUCUUCGAAUGCCAUGGUGGUAAUGAAAAUCAUUCCGGAGACUGGAGUUGUGCAGGCUGGAGAGAGCACCCAGUGUGUUCUUACACUACAAGCCGGGGAAAACCCAUGCUUCUACAAUGUGGAUUUGAUUUGUGAGAUUUAUACUCAGCACCCAUUAGAUCAGUAUGAGAAAGACCUGAAAAAAUGGGAAAUGGAGAAGGAACGGCAGGCUGUGGAGUUUACCAUCACAGAGAAAGAUCUGGACAUGAAGAAGCACCUGAGAGAAACUCCAGAUACUCUUCCUCCCAUUAAGAACAUGCGUGAGCCUAACCCUCCUGCCAGCCGCAGCCAGAGGAGGCACAUAAGACCCAGAGAUGCCAGCAGGUUGUGGACCAAGCCAGAGCCUCCCAAGCCCUUCCUCAUGCACCUGGGAGUUACAGCCAGGUCCCACUCAAUUGAUGAUUUCUUGGCCAGUUGUCCAGAUGACCUCCCUCAGCACUUCCUCUACCGCCAAAUGAAGAAGAGGAAAAUAAGAAGGGAUGCUGCAGGCAGGGGUUCUCUCAGUGGGAGUGCGAACAAAGGCAAGCGAAGAACCGCAAAGAAUCAAAGCAGGCUGGCACUAGAAAACUGUAUGGAACAAGAGGCCCAGCUGGUGACGGACUUGCUAUCUACAGUGAUCAAAGGCCUGCUGGAGGAGUCCCAGUUUCAAGAAGCAGUAAUCAGAAAGCUUGCAGAGCCUAUACCCUACUUUUGCCAGUUCUGGAGUGAGGAGUCAGCCAAACAGAAGCAGAGUCCUGGUGGCACCUUUACAACAACUUCCCCAGAGCUGAGCACUAGGACUGAAGGCGAAGACUCUGAGGGAAGGGAGGCAUCUCCUGAAGGUACUGUUGAUGCUGAAGAGACCCUAAGUGUCAUUAUCCGCAAGGAACAGUUCCGGGAGCAGAAAGAAUCUAUUAUCAGGUUGCCAGCCUUUGCAAAUCUGGCUGAGAUGGUGCUGGACAACGCCAUCCAGAACAUACUGGUGGAGGCCAGUCACGGGGAGGUGGUGUUGACAGCUCGACCCAGAAUCAUUGCACUCCCUCCUGUUUUCUCCCAAAAACGCGUCAGUCCCAUUGUUUCGCUGCACAACCAACCUGCAUCUCAGCCUUCUGCACUUCCAGUGAUCAAUAUUCUCAGUGAAAUCAAGAGUGACGAAGGGCAGUGGCACAUUAUCCUGCCCCCUUAA